AUGAGCUUACAAGUUGAACCUAGUAAACAUACUUCUGAAAGAAUUGAAGAUCUUAUGAAAUUGAUUAAAGAAAUCAUAUCCCGUCUUGGAACAGAAUGUCCCGAUUGCUCUCGUUGCAUGUCAGGUUACUUCAAAUCGAAGAGAGAUCAAUGGAUGGUUUGGGGUGAUACUCAUUCUAUGGUAGAACAGAGACAACCAGAUAUCGAUUUAUCUUCACCAACGAUAGAUGUUCCUAAAGGAGGAGGUAAAAAACAAACAAGAAAAGCUGUAGAUGAAGUAGAGGAAGAAGAAAAUGAAGCCGCUAAAGGAAAGAGAGUAUACAAUAAAAAAAGUACAUUUACACUCAGACAAUACUUUAACAAAGUAUUGGAUCAAUUAUCGGACUAUUGCACGGGUUAUUUUCAAGACAUUGUGGAUCAUAAUGAGUUGGAAGAAGGAAGUGUGACCAUGCAAUUUAAAGGACAAAACACCCAAGUUCAUUUGGUAGUUGAUGGAUCCAAGCAAGAAAUACAGACACCAAAAUCAAAGGAAGAACAAGAACGAACUGAUUCUGGAAAGAAAUCAACAAAAAUGACUUUCCAAAGUCUUUUACUUGAAAUGGUUAUCUAUAUUUCUUUAAAUGAUUAUCUAUUCUAUCUAUUAUUGGCUUUAUUCUAUCAAUUUGUUUCUUUCUUUAAGAUAACUGGUUGUGAUUUUGAAUAA